CUCCAACGGGCAACUCCGAAGCCGCUAACGUGUGCCCGAAAGAGCCGGGGGUCCUACUUCUCGUUAAACGCGAGUAACGGAUGUAAACGGAGGGACGCACGCGCUCAUGUCUGGAGCUGCGUUAUUUUGAAUUUAACGUGCGCGAGUGCCGCGUGAUAGACGUCAAACGACUAAAACCAACCUGGAGUAUUGUUCUCAGUGACUACUGUGUGAUUGCAAAGUGUCUCGGCGAUAAAUACCAACAUUUUCGAAUCUAUCAGCGCCUUCGUAAAUUUUGGAUAAGUGCGACACAUAAGAAGGAAAGGGGCCCAGUAUGAGCCCAGCGCUGGGCGCCACGCUGCACCCCACGCAAGGACCUACAACUUUGAUUAUCCCCAUUCCAAUCGGCCUCAGAGGGUUGACAGAUACAGGGGUGGUCCAGAGAUUCAGCAAAGAAUGACUCAAAGGGAGGAUGUUCUCAAAUUCGAGCAGGGCCGUAUCAAGGCCCUGCAAGAAGAACGUCUUCACAUCCAAAAGAAGACUUUUACCAAGUGGAUAAAUUCUUUCCUUCUGAAGGCUCGCAUGGAAGUCGAAGAUCUAUUUACUGACUUGGCAGACGGAAAGAAAUUGCUAAAGCUCCUGGAGAUCAUUUCGGGCGAAAGACUAGCCAAGCCCAACAAUGGACGUAUGCGGGUGCACAAGAUAGAGAAUGUGAACAAAUCAUUGGCGUUCCUUCAUACAAAGGUACGACUGGAAAGCAUAGGAGCCGAGGAUAUCGUCGAUGGGAAUCCUAGGCUGAUCCUCGGUUUAAUCUGGACGAUUAUUUUACGCUUCCAAAUUCAAGAGAUCGAGAUCGACGUUGACGAGGAAAAUGAGAGUAGUGAGAAGAAAUCAGCCAAAGAUGCUUUGCUCCUAUGGUGCCAAAGGAAAACCAAUGGCUAUCCUGGUGUUAAUAUUCAGGACUUUACUGGAUCAUGGAGAAGCGGUCUUGGCUUCAAUGCACUCAUCCAUGCACACAGGCCCGACUUGGUCAAUUGGGCGGAAUUACAACAGAACAAACACAUUGACAAUCUCAAUUAUGCAUUCGACGUGGCAAAUGCGGAAUUGGGAAUUCCGCGAUUAUUGGAUGCUGAGGAUGUUGAUACGGCUAGGCCCGACGAGAAGUCUAUUAUUACCUACGUCGCAUCGUAUUAUCACACAUUCGCCAGGAUGAAGAACGAGAUCAAGAGUGGAAAGAGAAUUGCAAAUAUCGUUGGACAAAUGAUGGAUGCCGACAAGAUGAAAGUUCAUUACGAGAAGCUAACCAGUGAUUUACUUGAGUGGAUAAAGCUGAAGAUUAACGUGCUGGAGGACAGAAAUUUCCCUAACUCCUUGGAAGGUAUUCAGCGUGAAUUAUUGGCGUUCAAGCAAUAUCGCACAGUCGAGAAACCGCCAAAGUACAAGGAACGUUCGGAAAUAGAGGCUCUGUACUUUCACAUAAAUACGCAAUUGAAGUCGCUCAAUCAACCAGCUUUUACUCCACAAGAAGGCCAACUUGUACACGAUAUAGAAAGAAAUUGGGUCGAGCUCGAGCGUGCUGAGCAUCGUCGAGAGGUCGCACUCAGAACGGAAUUACUCCGGCAGGAAAGACUGGAGCAAUUGAAUUAUAAGUUCGAGAGGAAGAGUGUUCUCAGAGAAGGUUACCUCAAGGAAAUGAUACAGGUACUGUCAGAUCCAAGAUACGGGAGCAACCUUGCCCAGGUCGAUGCUACCGUGAAGAAGCACGAAGCGAUCAGCGCCGAUAUUUUAGCUAGAGAAGAACGUUUCCAUGAUUUGACGAACAUGUCCGACGAGCUUGUCAGAGAGAAUUAUCACGGAUUGGAGCGAGUUCAGGCGAGGGAACAAGAGGUUUUACAGAGGUGGAAGGAAUUGCUGGCUCUUCUCGAUCACCACAAAUUGAAUCUAGCUGCUCUUUGCUCUCUUAUGAGCUUGAUGAGAGAGAUCGACACUACUCUGGCUACUAUUCAAGAGCUACAACUCAAUUUCCAGAGUGUCGACGUCGGACCUCAUUUACUGGGCGUCGAAGAUCUCUUGCAGAAGCACAGCUUACAAGAACUGCAAGUUACAGCGCUCGGCGAGACUCAAAGGAGACUUGGUCGACAGGCUGCACAGCAUUUGGCACAACCUACGAGUAAGGAGGUGCCAUUACUUCAGCAGAAAUUGGAUCUCUUGAAUAGUGCUUACGAUGAGCUUGUCGAGAAUAGCAAGGAACGUAAAGCUCGUUUGGAGGAUGCUAGGAAUUUCUUCCACUUUUUGCAAGAUCAUGAGGACGAGGAAUCCUGGUUAGUAGAGAAACAGAGGAUAUGUAAGGCUGGUAUUUCCGCAAAGGAUCUGCGAGCCGUGAUAUCCUUACAGCAGAAACAUAAAGUUCUGCAAGAUGAGAUGAAAGUUAGACGUCCAAAGUCUGAACAACUUUGCGACGCAGGAAGGAAACUUAUUUCUGACCAUCAUCCAUCAUCCAUUGAAAUUCAAAAUCGUAUUGACUCCUUGCAAGAGCACUGGAAGGUUCUCGAGGAACUUGCUGCUCUCAGAAAGAAACAGCUGGAAGACGCUGCUGAGGCUUUUCAAUUCUAUACAGAUGCAAACGAGGCUGAUUCUUGGAUGAAUGAAAAAAUGGCAUUGGUUGCGUCCGAGGAUUACGGUGUGGAUGAACCGAGUGCGCAAGCUCUUCUUCAGAGGCACAAGGAUCUGCAAGGAGAAUUGAAUGCCUACAAAGGCGAUGUACAGUCAUUGAAUACGCAAGCUGAAAAAUUAAUAAAAGCUGGUAUAUCGACUCUUGAACUAUCAGCAGAUCCAGAACCAGUUGCUGAAUUAGAACAAGAAGAGUGGGGCAAGGAAGUCCGACUAGUUCCUCAAGAUGAAUGGAUCGACGAGGUCGUAGAACGUUUAGAACCUAAGACCGUAUUCGAAGAGAGAUUAGCUCCACAAGUGAAGAGUUUAUAUCCAUUCAGCGGGGAUGGAAUGGAGAUGGUUAAAGGCGAAAUUAUGCUCUUAUUGCAAAAAACCAAUGAUGACUGGUGGCGCGUUAGCAAAGGAGACGGUACAGCUGGUUUCGUACCAGCGAAUUAUGUACGUGAGAUCGAACCAAAAGUAGUUCAAGUCCAAGUGCGAAGACCAGAGAAAGUCAAGGUGACGCAGAGGGUGAAGAAGACUAAGAUGGUGAAACAAGUAGUACCAGUCAGAAGAGUAAAGUCAAUAAAGUCGGCUGUAAAACCGAUUAAGCGCAAGCCUGCAAGUGACAGCGAUAGUGUCGAGAAGCGACAGAAGAAAAUAAAUGAUACUUACAACGAACUACAAGAUUUGGCAGCGAAGCGACACGCACUGUUGGAGGACGCGAUAAGACUUUAUGGUUUCUAUCGUGAGUGCGAUGACUUUGAAAAAUGGAUCAAGGACAAGGAGAAGAUGCUGAGGGCAGAUGAUUCUGGAGAUAACGUUGAAACUGCCAAGAGGAAAUAUGAGAAAUUCUUAACAGAUCUUUCCGCAUCUGGAAAACGCGUUGAGGCCAUUGACGCGGCAGUUGAAGAUUUCGUUACUCAGGGGCACAGUCAGCUAGACAAAGUAAAAGCCAGACAAAGGCAUAUUCAUCAACUGUGGGAUCACUUGAACUGGUUGAAGGCGCAGAAAGAAAAGAGUCUCGAAGGAGCAUCGAGCGUUGAAUUAUUUAACAGAACAUGUGAUGAGGCUCACGAUUGGAUGCUAGAAAAAAUGACUCAAUUGGAUACUGCGGAAUUGGGACCAGACUUAAAAACCGUACAAGCUUUGCAGAGAAGACAUCAGCACUUGGAACGAGAAUUGGCUCCUGUUGAGGAGAAGGUUCGGAAGGUCAAUUUACUUGCCAAUAGCGUCAAGAGCUCGUAUCCUAAUGAAUUGAGUAACGUGAAUGCCCGACAAAAUGAAAUUAAAGAAUUGUGGAACAAAGUACGAACUAAAGCUAAGGAGCGUAGGUCACGUUUGGAAGACGCUGUAGGGCAACAAAUAUUUAUGAACAGUUCAAAGAGCUUGAUCAAUUGGGCUACCAAUGUUCAAGACAUUAUGAAUGCAGAGGAGCCAGUCAGAGAUGUAGCCACUGCAGAACAAUUGAGAAAACAACACACAGAACUUGGCGAAGAGAUAAAAACACGUGAGGAUGAAUUUCGAGAGGUUGAACAACUUGGUAAUCAAUUACUACACCGCAAUCCAGCUUUGGUGGAUGUUCGUGAACGUCUUGAUAAAUUGAACGGCCUGUAUCAUGCUGUAGUAACUGAUUGGGCAGUCAAGGAACAGUGGCUACGACAAUGUUUGGAAUUGCAGCAAUUUAAUCGCGAAGCAGAUCAAAUAGAAGCGACAACCAGUUCUCAUGAGGCAUUCUUAGAAUUUACUGAUUUAGGUGAAACUCUAGAUGACGUUGAAGCAUUGCUCAAACGACAUGAAAAGUUUGAGAAUACUCUUCAUGCUCAAGAUGACAGAUUGAAAGCCUUUAGUGACACGGCAGAUAAGUUGAUCGCUCAGAAACAUUAUGACAAGGAUCACAUUAAUGAGAGAAGAAAUCAAGUAUUGGCACGCCGAGCUGCUGUCAAGGAUGCAGCUCAACGUAGACGUGCAGCUUUGAAAGCUUCGGAGCACUAUCAACAAUUUUCUGCUGAAGUUGAUGAUCUGCGUGAUUGGUUAAGUGACAAAAUGAAAACAGCAUCCGAUGAGAGUUAUCGCGAUUUGAAUAAUUUGGAACGUAAAUUACAAAAGCAUGAAGCGUUUGAGCGAGAACUGAGGGCUAAUGAGGGACAAUUAAGAGCUGUUAAUAAAGCUGGAAAGGCAUUGAUAUCCGAAGAGAAUUAUAGAUCCGAUGACGUCGGUAAAACAUUGAAGGACUUGAAUGAUCAAUGGGAUAGAUUAGUAGCAUUGUCUUUAGAAAAGGGUCGCAGAUUGAGACAGGCGGCUUCUCAACAUGGUUACAAUCGUACUAUGGAGGACGCUAGAUUAAAAUUGGAAGAGAUUAAAAAUUCUUUGCAAAGUAAAUUAGUCGGAACUGACCUGAGAAGCUGUAAGGAAUUAUUAAAGAAGCAUCAGAUAUUGGAGAAUGACAUGACUCAAUGGGAACAGAAAGUUGAUGACAUCGUAGCCAUGGGACAGGAAAUGGCACAUGAGGGUCACUUCGAUGCUGCUAAUAUUCUGAAGGCUAGCCAGGCUACUCAAAAGAAAUUCCGCAGUCUGAAGGAGCCAGCUAGAAAACGUCGGGAAGCUCUCGAGGAAAGUUUGAGGUUCCAUAAAUUUGGAUUCGAACUAGAUGCGGAGUUGCAGUGGAUUAAAGAUCAUCUGCCACAAGCAUCCUCGACGACCCUUGGACAAAAUUUACACCAAGCACAAUCCUUACACAAGAAGCAUAAAAAACUCGAGGCGGAAAUCGCAGGUCACCAGCCUAUGAUAGACAAGACCUUGGCAUCAGGGCAAACACUCAUCGAUCAAGUGCAUCCAGAGAAGAAAAAGAUACAAGAACUCUGUGAUAUCCUGGAAGAUGCUUGGAAAGAUCUUCAAGGUAAAGCUGAAGAGCGUAGCCGUGCACUGGAUCUUUCUCUGAAGGCGCAGGAGUUCUACUUUGAGGCUGGUGAAGUUGAGAGUUGGCUGAACGAGAAGAAUGAUAUGCUAAGUUCUACUGAUUACGGUAGAGAUCGUGAUGCUGCUACUAAAUUACUUACAAAACAUAAGGCAUUGGAGCUCGAAUUAGAUACCUACAAUGGUAUAGUGAUGGAAAUGGGUCAUACUGCAACUACUAUGGUCAAUGCUAAACAUCCUGACAGUAAAGCAAUUGCUAGUAAGCAGCAAUCAAUUGCACAGCAAAUGCGAGCGUUGCAAAGAUUGGCCACAGCUAGACAGCAACGUCUCAUGGAAAGCAUGUACAGGCAUGAGUAUUUCCUGGAGAGCGCAGAAUUGGAGCAAUGGAUCAAGGAACAAGAGCAGGCAGCUGCUUCGGAGGAUUAUGGACAAGAUUAUGAGCACUUGCUAGUGCUCCAAGCAAAAUUCAAUGAUUUUAAGCACAGGAUAGAAGCUGGUUCUGAAAGAUUUAAUCAGUGCGAGGAUUUGGCCAGGAAAUUAAUAGCCAACGAAAGUCCUUAUAUUCAGGACAUUGAAAAGCGACAGGAACAACUUGGAAAUGAUGAUGAUGAUCCGAUAGCCGAGGUGAGCAAACGACACGCAGCUAUACGGGAAUCCUGGCAACAUUUGCUCGGUCUUAUUCAACAUCGCGAGCAGCGAUUGCAAGCAGCUGGCGAAAUUCAUCGGUUUCACCGGGAUGUCGCUGAGGCCUUAUCUCGAAUCCAAGAGAAGGAAGCCGCCUUACCUGAGGAUUUGGGUCGUGAUUUGAAUUCGGUUUUGGCACUGAUAAGACGUCAUGAAGGAUUUGAGAAUGACUUGGUCGCCCUGGAAGCGCAGCUGCAAGUUUUAGUAGAGGAUGCAGCGACACUGCAGGUUCUCUACCCUGGUAAUAAUGCCACGCAUAUAGAUCAGCAGCAACAAAUUGUUGUAAGCAAUUGGGAAGAGCUUAAGGAAAGAUCAGCGCACAGGAGGGAUCAAUUGCAAGCCAGUUGCGAUUUGCAGCGAUUCUUAACUCAGGUUCGCGAUCUGAUGAAUUGGGCAGCUGGUCUUCGCGCGACUAUGUCUACGGAGGACAAAGUUCGUGAUGCUGCCAGUGCACAGACCUUGAAGGCAGAACACGAGGCUUUAAAGGGUGAAAUUGAAGCACGAGAAGAAAGUUUUAGCGCUGUGCUUGAUCUCGGUGAAGCUAUGGUGCAAACAGGCCAUUAUGCUGCUGUGGAAGUGGAAGAGAAGUGUAAUCAAUUGCUCGAUGAAAGACAAAAAUUACAUACUGCUUGGCAGCAGAAGAAAGUGCACUUAGAUCAAUUAAUCGACCUGCACUUCUUCUUACGUGAUGCAAAACAGCUGGACAACUUGUCCGCUACGCAAGAAGCCGCCCUGAGUGGCGACAACUUUGGCGUAUCCGUCGAGGAAGUUGAUGCUCAGGUGAAGAAACACAAUGAAUUUGAGAAAUUGCUUGUGACCCAAGAGGAGAAACUAUCAGCGUUGCAAGAACAUGGCGACAAAUUGUUAGCACAGAAUCACUUUGACUCCCCGACGAUUGCAAGGCGACUCAAUGAAGUCAUGCAGAAACGAACUCGAGUCCGUAAUCUGUGUGACGCUAGAAGAAGAAGAUUAGAAGCUAGCUUACUUCAUGCACAAUUUGUAAGAGAUGUGGGAGAAGCCGAAUCAUGGAUUGGGGAGAAGCAAAAGAAGUUGGAGGCUGAGGCAUCCAAAGGAGAAGUAUCUAGUUUGGAAGAUAAAAUUAAGAAACUUCAGAAGCAUCAAGCGUUUCAGGCUGAAUUGGCAGCUAAUCAAAGUAGAAUCGAAGAAAUUAAAGGAAAAGGCGAGACUCUUCUGGCACAAAAACAUCCGGCUAGUUCAGAAAUUAGACAACAGCUACAACACUUGCGCGGUUCAUGGCAAAAGCUUUUACUGGAAUCUGGUAAUCGUGGUCGAGGUCUGGAAGAAGCACAAGACAUUCUCGAGUUCAACAAUCAAGUUGAGAAGAUUGAAGCUUGGAUCAGAGACAAGGAGAUGAUGGUCCAGGCUGGUGACAUUGGGAAAGAUUAUGAACAUUGUUUGAGUUUGCAAAGAAAGCUGGAUGAUGUUGACAGUGACAUGCGAGUGGAUGAUGCUCGAAUUAAAACGAUCAAUGCUCUGGCCGAUAAACUCAUUAAGCAGGGCGAGGACAAUGAAGCAAAGGCAAUUCAACAACGUCGCGACAACUUCAACAACAAGUGGAGGGGACUUCAAGGAGCUUUGAGCGCUUACAGGGAAAAGUUAGCUGGAGCUUUGGAAAUUCAUUUAUUCAACAGGGACAUUGACGAUACAAGUCAAAGAGUUGCAGAAAAAGCACUAGCCAUGAAUACCACGGACGUUGGUAAGGAUUUAACUGCGGUUGAACAAUUACAACGGAAGCAAGAAGCCAUGGAAAGAGACAUGACAGCCAUCGAAGGAAAAUUAAAGGAACAUAAUGCAGAAGCACGAGAACUGUCUCACAAGUAUCCAGAGAAUGCAUCACAAAUCAAUGGACUGUUGUCUGAACUACAAUCGAAUUGGGAUGAUUUGCAACAUUUGACUCAGAAUCGUCGUCAAGCUCUGAAUCAAGCAUACACUUUACACAAAUUCCGUGCAGAGUUACACGAAUUAGAUAUCUGGGUAGCAGACGCCAUAAAACGUAUGGAUGAGUCCGAGCCUCCUACAACGAUAUCAGAAGCGGAAGCUUUGUUGGAAUUACAUCAAGAAAGAAAGGCAGAAAUAGAUGGUAGGCAAGAGACAUUCAAAGCAUUGAAAGAGCAUGGUCAAAAACUUAUUCCAAUCGCUGGGGAUGUCAAGGAGAGUCUUGAUUAUUUGGAAGAACUCAGACAAGGUUUGAUCGAUGCUUGGGAUGAUCGUAGACAGAGGCUCACUCAGGCACAUCAAUUGCAAUUGUUCAAGGAACAGGCUGAUCAGGCCGAUAGCUGGCUGGCAACGAAGGAAGCAUUCCUGAAUAAUGAUGACCUUGGGGAAUCGUUAUCUGGUGUAGAAACGCUAGUUCGUAAGCACGAGGAAUUCGAGAAGAUGCUGGGAUCGCAAUUGGGUCGCGUGGAAGAGCUGGAGCGAUUCGCUACAGAAAUUUUGUCUGAUGAACAUUCCGAUGCCAAUGUAAUUAAACAGAGACUCCAGUCUGUGUGUGCCAGGCGGGAUAGACUUAGAAAUAGUGCAGCUGCUAGGAGAAAGAAACUCUUUGAAAGUCAUCAACUUCAACAAUUCCUCAGAAACAUGUAUGAGGUGGAGGGAUGGUUGCAUCAGAAACAACAGGUCGCCAGUGAUGAGAAUUACAGAGACUCGACAAAUUUACAGAGUAAAAUUCAAAAGCACGCAGCUUUCGAGAGCGAAUUAAUUGCCAAUCGUGGAAGAGUGGGUGCUGUUGUUGGAGAAGGAGAAGCUCUCAUAGAAGAGAAUCAUUAUGCUUUAAAAGAAAUUCAAGAGCGUUUAGAUGAAUUGGAAGCUGAGUGGAGACUGUUGCAAGAGACAAGUGAGCUUAAGAAGAAUAGACUUAAUGAUGCGUACCAGGCUCUCUUAUUUGGACGAACAUUGGACGAGUUUGAAGCGUGGAUGGAUGAAGUUGAGACCCAACUUCAAUCUGAAGAUCAUGGAAAAGAUCUUUCUAGCGUUGCUAAUUUAUUGAAGAGACAUACCAACCUGGAGAAUGACGUUCUGGGACAUAACGAGGCUUGCGAAUCUAUCAAGGAAACAGCAGCCAGCUUCCAAAAAUCGAAGCAUUUCAUGUCAGACGAGAUUCAAGAGAGAGCCUUGAUCACAAUUAAUAGAUUCUAUAGUCUACAAGAACCUAUCCAAAUUCGAAGGGAUAACUUAGAAGAUGCUAAACUGUUACAUCAGUUCACAAGAGACGUGGAAGAUGAACUACACUGGCUUUCUGAAAAGGAACCUUUGGCAGCUAGUACCGACUUAGGCAGUUCAUUGACAACUGUCAAGAGACUUCAGAAGAAACAUCAUGCUCUGGAAGCUGAAUUAAUAUCUCGAGAACCCGUUGUAGCUUCUUUGGCUAGCCGAGCUACAGCGAUGAUUCGAAGUGGACAUUUUGCAUCGGAAAAGAUUGAAACAUUGUCACAGGAAUUGCAAGCAAAAUUGGCUCACUUGAGGGACGUCGCCAGCGUUAGGAAGCUGCGAUUAUUGGACGCCGUUGAAUCCCAGAUGUUCUAUGCUGAAGCUGCCGAAGCUGAGCAAUGGAUUAAAGAAAAGCAGCCAUUACUUACUUCAACUGAUUAUGGCAAGGAUGAAGAUUCUGUGCAGUCACUGUUAAAGAAAUUAGAAGGUGUUGAGCGGGAUUUGUCAGGCUUUGAAAUUACAAUUAACAAUUUGAAAAAACUCUCAUCGGGUCUGGUUGAUAGACAUCAUUUUGAUAGCAGGAACAUUGCCCAGAAGCAAACAGAUAUUCAGAAUAAAUUCCAAGAGCUGCGCAGACUCAAGGAACUCAGGUUGAAGAGAUUAUUAGAAAGUGAGAAGUUCUACAAGUUCAUUCGUGAAGCUGAUGAAGUUAUCGAAUGGAUCUGUGAUCAAACAACGGUGGCUGCUUCAGAAGAUUAUGGCCGUGACGUGGAACACGUAGAACUGCUCAUACAGAUAUUUGAUAAUUUCUUGGCUGGUUUGACAACCAGCGAAAGUCGUGUAUCUGCAGUAAUGGAUGCUGGAAGGAAAUUGCUCGAUGAGGAUAAUCCGGAAGCAGGAAAAAUUCAUGCUAAACUUGACGAAACCAAACAGCAAUGGGAAGAUCUUAAAGAAUUAGCACACGCCAGACAGGAAGCACUGGCUGGAGCCAAACAGGUUCAUAUGUUUGAUAGAACAGCUGAUGAAACCAUAUCCUGGAUUCAGGAGAAAGAGGCUAGUCUAAGUUCUGAUGGGUAUGGCCAAGACUUGGAAACCAUACAAGCACUGGUUAGGAAGCAUCAAGGAUUUGAGACAGACUUGGCCGCAGUAAAAGAGCAGGUCGAAUCUGUAAUGGAAGAGGCUUCUAGAUUAGCGGAAUUGUUCCCGGAUGCUCGUGAGCAUAUUGCUGUAAAACAUGAGGAAGCUGACGAGGCAUGGAACGAAUUGCUCGAAAAGGCAGCUCAGCGACGAAGCAAGCUUGCUCAAGCGGAACAAUUGCAAGCUUAUUUCGAUGAGUAUAGAGAUUUGAUGGCUUGGAUAAACGAGAUGAUAGCCAAGGUAACGGCACCGGAAUUGGCCCGAGAUGUAUCCGGAGCGGAAGCUCUUAUCUCGAGGCACAACGAAUACAAGGCUGAGAUCGAUACCCGCAGAGACACCUUUGCGAAAUUCUACAAAACUGGAAAGGGAUUGAUACAGCAGGGACAUUUCUUAGCAAGAGAAAUCGAGGACAAGAUUUCAGUUCUGGAGCAGAGGAAGCAAUUUUUAAAUGAUACCUGGGAACAAAGGAAACUCAUCUACGAACAAAAUUUGGAUACGCAAAUGUUCAAGCGCGAGGCUGAGAUGCUGGAGAACUGGAUAAUCAGCAGGGAACCUAUGUUGCAUGAUGGAAAACUAGGAGAAAGUAUUCCUCAGGUCGAAGAUUUGAUAAGGAAGCACGAGGACUUCGAAAAGACAAUUGAAGCUCAGGAAGAGAAAUUCAGUGCGCUCAAACGUAUCACAAUGCUUGAGAGAGCUUUCCAAAAGCAGCAGGAAACUGAAAUGGCUGCUCGUCAAGCUGAGAAAGAACGUGUUGAAAAGGCAAGAAUCGAAGAGCGUAAACGAAAGGAAGUGCAGAGGAUUACUGAAGAGCGAAAACGUGAAGAGGAACGAAGGAGACUGCUAGACAGUCCACAUCGUGUAGCCCAUGAAGAAGUUAAUGGAACAUCCGAAGAACACGAAUCUAUCAACAGUAGAAAUGAUGGAGAAUUUAAAGAUGCUCAGUCAGAUCCUGAGAAUGAUGAACAGAAACCUGGUAGACCAAGUUUCUAUAGAGACAGGCUACCUCCACUCAAGAGUGGUACUGUCGCAUCUCCACCGGAAGCAGCAUCUGUUCAGAAAUCACACAGUAUAUCUCAUAUGUUCGGUGAUAGACUCAGGCGCACCCCGCCAGACAUCAAACGCGCAGAGAGUAUGAAGGUGGAUAUGAAGAAACCAAAAAGAACACCAAGCUUCACUACGAGAAGGCGAACACAGAGUUUCAGAAAGCACCAGAGGAUGGAAAAUUUGGAAACAUUGCCUCCGGUGGAAAUACAAGGUCUCCUUGAGAGGAAGCAUGAGCUGCAGAGUGCUGGCAAAAAAGCAGCAGUUCGCUCUUGGAAGCAAUAUUAUACAGUAUUGUGUGGCCAACUUUUGUGCUUCUUCAAAGACAUGGAUGAUUUCUCUGCCAGUAAAGCAGCUACUGCUCCCAUAACGAUUUUCCAUGCAACUUGUGAGAAGGCUGACGAUUAUACAAAGAGAAAGAAUGUAUUUAGAUUGAAGUGUACCGAUGGUUCAGAAUUUUUGUUCCUGGCACCGAAUCGCCAAGAAAUGGAAGAUUGGGUUAACAAGAUUUCUUUCCAUGCCAAGUUACCGCCAAGCCUGCAGCUUUUGAGCUACGACGAGUCGCAAAAGGAGGGCUUAGAGAGGCUACAAAAUGUAACACCGGAUAAUGCGGAUGACAAUAUCUCAACAGGAAGUAGUCACGCCUCAACGCCAGAGUUGGAGCGUAAAAAUUCCGUAAUCAAGCGUGACAUCUCCGAUCAACAUACACCGAGCCAUGUUCAGAAAGAAUUCCUGCAAAUGCAUAGACAGAGCCAACAACGACGUGAUCCACGAACUUCAAGUUUCCUGGCUUCUCAAAGAUCUUCGGAAUCGCCACAAACUCAAACGGAAUUCUUACAAAUGCACAGACAGCAAAAGCUAUUAGCACAACAACAGCAGUUAAUUCAACACGAGCAACUUGCGGGUCAAAGGGAACAAUAUCAGCCACAUUCUACGGAUAAACCACCGAUUCCUCCUAGAGGUGCGCCACCACCUGUACCAGUGAGAACAUCCAAUUCAGAGAAUGUUUCGCUGCUUGGGCGCAAUUAUGCUGAGCAUCCUCAACAGCAAGGGCGACCACAAUCGUACCAAGAUAGAAGUACCACUUUGAACCAUAAUGGAUCAGGUCAACAUGAUUCUAGUGAACCAUGGCGUAGACAGAGUAGUAUGGAUCUGAACUCGCCACAUCAAGAAGUAGCACCACCCCUGCCAUCGAGUGCCCCUCCUCCGACAAGAACGUCUCAGUGGAACAGCCCCAAUGAUUCUGCAUAUGGAAAUGUUCCUGUCAAUAUUAGACAGAGUGGUCAGCAACAAAUGAACACAUUCACUGGACGCCCAACGUCCUUACCACCUUACGUGGCUCCUCCACCAGCUGUGGCACAAGGAGGUCAGGGUAUAUCAACUGUCGAUAGUAGCAGGAGACCCUCGGAAAGUGGAUCAGAAAGUGAACAGAGUACAGGAAGCACACGCAAAGAACGUGACAGCAAGCGAAGUUCUGUACUGAGCAACUUGUUUGGCAGAAGAAAGAAACCUUCUCAAUCGUAGCAUUUUAUGAAACCAGCUUUGACACGUAUUCGUAUAGAAAUUACUUAAGCCUUGCGAAGAAAGAAAUACUACGAAAGGUGGCGCAUAAUUUUUGAUUUGAGGUAGAUGAUCUACCAAUGUUGUGGCACGUCCUAAACAGAAUUUACAGGGUUUCACAGAAAUUGCAUUACAAUUACAAGUGGAAAGUGGCAUCGUCUCUGUUGUUUUUCCUUACAGCAAUAAUUAAGUACAGAAUAAGGAUAAAAUGAAUUUGUUUGUAACUAUUUAAAUAUUCUAUGAGAUAUUGCAUUAUGCUUUAUUAACGUUAAGUUACUAUGGAAAUAGCUGCCCGUAAUGUAGACAUUAUCUUUACGUAAGAAUGGUCACUACCACGGUUUGAAAUGUACCUGACCUUGAGGGUGAAAGGAAAAUGUGUCAACUGAAAAUGUUAAACGCUAAAAUCAUGUACGAUUACAGUCAGUUUAUAUUAUAGAUAUAAUAUAUGUCAUAAAUGUUAAAUAUAUACUGGAAAGACCGGCAUGUAUUUGGGACCAAUGAUCGUACGAUGUAUUAAACGUAGACAUAUCAUAUUUUUGAAGAACUUUGUACUUUGGAGUUUACAAAAUGUUUUUAUUAUUGAAGCAAUAUUGUAACUUGUAAAGUAUCUUUAAUGUUAUAUAAAAAGCAUUAACUAUAUAUUAUAUAUGUGCAUCCAGUGCUAUUAUAUAUGUAGGUAUGUAGAAACAAGAUCAAAAUGUAAUAAAUUCCACAAAUACAUAUAUUAAAUUCAGAUGA